CGACGACCCAAUUAAAUGUUCUUUAAUAAAAAGCCCAUGUUUUGUGGAAAUAACUAUUGGGCUAUUACACGGCCCAUUAUAUUUGCCAAGAGAAUCACGAGGGUUUUCUAACUCAAAUCGAUUUCACAAAGGCAUCGUAUAAAUUUUCUUCUUCAACAAAAUUAGGGUUUGGAGCCAGAAAAGAGCAAAUAGGCGGCACAUCAGUUCUCAACACUCACGAUGGCGAGAAUUAAGGUUCAUGAGCUUAGAGAUAAAUCAAAGACCGAUCUUCAGAAUCAGUUGAAGGAAUUCAAGGCUGAACUCGCUCUCCUCCGUGUCGCUAAAGUCACCGGAGGCGCUCCCAACAAGCUCUCCAAAAUCAAGGUUGUGAGGAAAUCCAUUGCUCAGGUGUUGACAGUGAUCUCCCAGAAGCAGAAAUCUGCUUUAAGAGAGGCAUACAAGAACAAGAAGCUCUUGCCUCUUGAUCUCCGUCCCAAGAAAACACGAGCUAUCCGUAGACGUCUCACCAAGCAUCAGGCUUCGUUGAAGACAGAGCGUGAGAAGAAGAAGGAGAUGUAUUUCCCAGUGAGGAAGUACGCUAUCAAAGUGUAGUUUCAUUCUCCCAGCUCUAGCUUCUAGAAAUGAAUGAUUCAGCCUUUGAUUAUCGGCUUAUGUUAUCUCCUCUCUUUUUGUCCAACCUUAUUAAUUUUAGUUGUACUGAAGUUUUGUUAUCACACAACCUCUCUAAAAUCAUUAGUAUUUCAUAAAUAUUGAAUUUAUUCUGGGUUUUGUUGUCUCUUUGGUAAAUUUUGAUUUUUCGGUUGUUUAGAGUUAAGGGACGAUUGAAUGAAGGAUUGUAAACGAACAUGGUUGAUUUAUACGGAGAAUUUCUGAUACGUAUCGGCCAAAAUAGAUAAAAUCAGG